GCUGUGAUAUUCCGGCCCGGCUACUGUACGUUACCGGCGGACUCGGCGAGCGAGGUGAAAGGUUGUGAAGAUGGCGGCGGCCUUGAUGGAUGAGGACUUCGAUAACGAUGACUAUUACUCGCUGUUAAACGUCAGGAGGGAGGCGACCCAGGAGGAGUUGAAGGCAUCGUACCGCAGGCUGUGCAUGCUAUACCACCCUGACAAGCACAGGGACCCUGAACUGAAAAAGCAAGCUGAGCAGCUGUUUAACCUUGUCCACCAGGCCUAUGAAGUGCUUAGUGAUCCACAGUCGAGAGCCAUCUAUGACAUAUACGGAAAGAAAGGACUGGAUAUGGAAGGAUGGGAGGUUGUAGAGAGAAAAAGGACAGCAGCUGAAAUCAGAGAGGCCUUUGAGAGGCUACAAAGGGAUAAGGAAGAGAGACGUCUUCAGCAGCGGACAAACCCCAAGGGGACAAUUAGCGUUGGAGUAGAUGCCACAGAACUGUUUGAUCGCUAUGAUGAAGAAUUUGAGGACCUGCCAGAAAGUGGCUUUCCCCAGAUUGAAAUUAACCGUAUGCACAUCUCCCAGUCCAUUGAGGCACCCCUGACAGCAACAGACACCGCCAUUCUCUCCGGGAGCCUCUCCACACAAAACGGCAAUGGAGGCGGGUCAAUAAACUUAGCUUUGAGACGAGUGACCUCCGCCAAGGGAUGGGGAGAGUUAGAGUUGGAAGCUGGCGAUCUUCAUGGACCCAUGUUUGGAUUUAAGAUUUUUCGUAAUCUUGCACACAAAUGCUCCCUCAAUGCCAACUGCGUCUUACAGUUCUCCUCCCGCGGCAUCCGACCUGGUCUCACAACGAUGGUAGCGCGACAUCUAGACAAGAACACAAUGGGUUACAUACAGUGGCGCUGGGGAAUCCAGUCCGCCAUGAGCACCAGUAUUGUCCGGGACACACAAAGCAGCCACUUCACUAUGGCGUUACAGCUCGGAAUCCCCCAUUCCUUUAUGAUGCUCAGCUACCAGCACAAAUUCCAAGACGAAGAUCAGACCCGACUGAAAGGAUCUAUUAAGGCAGGCUCCUUCGGGGCCCUGGUGGAGUAUGGUGCUGAGAGGAAGAUCUCCAGGCACAGCGUAUUAGGAGCCACAGUCAGUGUCGGAGUGCCUCAGGGGGUGUCUUUAAAAGUCAAGUUGAAUAGAGCUAGUCAGACAUAUUUCUUCCCUAUCCACCUGACAGAUCAGCUUCUACCGAGUGCUGUGUUUUAUGCCACCGUGGGACCCCUUGUUAUCUAUGUGGCCAUGCACCGGCUUAUUAUCAAACCUUACCUCAAGGCGCAGAAAGAGAAGGACCUGGAGAAGCAAAGGGAGAGUUCUGCAUCUGAAAUAGUACACAAAAAGCAAGAGGCAGAGGCUGCCGUGCGUUUAAUGCAGGAGUCUGUGCGCCGGAUAAUUGAGGCUGAGGAGUCUAAAAUGGGCUUGAUAAUACUUAAUGCCUGGUAUGGUAAAUUUGUCACCGACAACAGCCGAAGAAAUGAGAAAGUGAAAGUGAUUGACGUGACUGUACCCUUACAGUGUUUAGUGAAAGACUCUAAAUUAAUCCUCACAGAGGCUUCAAAGGCUGGUCUGCCUGGGUUCUAUGAUCCAUGUGUCGGGGAGGAUAAAAACCUAAAGAUCCUCUACCAGUUCCGGGGAGUCCUCCACCAAGUCAUGUCCGGGGACAGUGAGGCACUUAGGAUACCAAAGCAGUCUCACAAGAUAGAUGCAGACGGCUAGCCACCUUUUCCGAGAUAAAGACAGCCUUCAGAAGACAAAAACAUCCUGUUCUGGAAUAGUUUCGGUCGGAUUAUCUGCUCUGGAAUCUGAAAAAUCCAAGAGGACUUUUUUUGUUUUGUUUUUUAUUAAAAAGAAACCAAACAUUAUAUCUACUGAAUAAGAAUGUCAAAUUAAUAUAUCUUUAUAUAACGACCAUACACUGAUACAAUUGGCUCUUCUUUUGCCAUAGCCAUAUGACAUUUGGUUUUAUGGAAGAAUGCAAGUGAUUGGGCCAUCUAUUCGUGUCAUCAAGGACCGUUACCGCCGUAUAUUAUCUGGUCACCUGGUUUUACCAAAUCUGGGUUCUGUUCAAAAGGCCUUUAGUGGAGACUGUUACUCAUGGGUUCCUAUAGUCUAAUGUACCCCCUGCAAUGGAGAAGCCAUUAUUUUGACAUAUAUAUAAAAUAUAUGUAAAAUAUAUAUAAAUGCGUCUGUGGCAUACCAAAUGAAGCAGCCAUUUGUGAGACAUACAGUAUACAGGAGGGUACGUGGGUUUUGCUUACUAUUACAUUUUGCAUAGGCACCAAGCAGACUUGGAAAUGGCCCAGCUCACCCAUCCAGAGCGUGUGCCACAAGUGAUGCGUUAAUUGUCCACAGAAAUGAAUGAUACCUAUUUAUAGCCCAUGUGGUCUGAAUUUAUUAAAAUAUGUUUUAUAUAA